AUGACCUUUAUCUCAGAUGAUCCUAGUUGGUGGCCAUUCAUUAAUGGAACCCGUCUCGCCAGCUAUUUCAUAGUUGCCGCCACUGCUGGGAUCGUGUAUGAUUGGGCACUAUCAUUCGGACAAGAGGUUGAACUCAUCUGGAGGCAACACUGGUCCCUGAUGACUGUUCUGUAUCUCAGUGUGCGCUACUUUGGAAUAAUAUAUGCUGUCAUCAACAUGUACCGCUACGUGAUGUUCAACACAAUCAAUUGGGUGGCUGUGGCCAUAGAAGUAUUUCUGUGCGUUAUCAUGAUCACUCGGCUAUAUGCCAUGUAUCAGAAAUCCAGAACGGUGCUGAUAUUUCUCGUCGCCAUCUUCCUGGCUUUACUCGUCGCCGCUAUUUCGAUGCCCGCAAUAUCAAUGAGGGGUGGUUCAGGGGAGGAAUUCGUUCUCUCCGGAACCUAUCAAUGCAGUAUUCAGACUGAGGGAGAUGGCAUACUUCGACAUUCGAUAGCUUGGAUACUGGUCAUUGUAUGGGAAGUCCUCACAGUGUGUCUCGCAGUCCGGAUUGCUGUAAAACACUUCUGUGAACUGCGACGACAAUCGGCAGGAGGGUUUAUCGGGGACUGUUUCACAGUUUUAAUAAAAACUCAUCUGGUUUACUUUGCGAGCUAUCUUAGUACUUCUUGCUUCGAGAUCGGUUUCAUGUCCCCAGCACUUGCGGACUUAUCUUCGGGAACUGGGAUUUAUGGUGGUUUUACUGAAAUCUUCUUGCUCAUGCAUAUGUGUGUGCUUGGGCCACGCCUGAUCCUUAGCGUUCGACAAUAUCACGCUAAGCUCGUGACCGACUCCGAUGCAGCAAGCACCAUGACUUCAAUUGUUUUUGAGCGCAUGCAUGUGUCAACUAGCAUCGGUGUGCAACAGACAUAA